UUUGCUGGGACUGGGGAGAAAGAAGAUGGUUAUGAUGAUAGUGACAGUGACAGUGAUGUUCCAGAUGAAUUAAAACAAGAAUAUAUUGACGAGCUAGCCGAUACUCAUACUCAUAGACAAAUCAAAAGACGUAUUUCCAGGAAUCGAAGUCGGGGUCAGAAACAAGCUCCUAUUGUUACCAACACAACACUUAAUGUUUUACGGGUUAUGGGUAAAUAUUUAAAGAUGAUGACCGUACUACGACCAAUAUCAUUUGAUGUCAUAACUUGUCUUGCUCAACUGUUUGAUUUUUACCUUUUCACUAUUUUCUCCUUCUUUGGCGGUGAGGGUGCAAACAUCGACAAAUCUUUGAAUAAUCGUCUUCGUAUCACAUUAUAUCGCAUCUAUGACAACAUGAUAGCACCACCACCAAACCCUGGAGCAAUACCUGGUGAAACGGAAGAUCUGAGAGAUAAAAUUUGUCCAGCAGUUAUCUCCCCUUGUGUAAAUUUAGACGAUGUAAAGGGAUUAUAUGGUUUACCUGAGAGGAUCGUAGCUGUGGAAUCUCUGGUAUUUUUAUCUGAACAACUAGAAUUUUUACAGCCAUUCUUAGAGAGUAUGAUACCAGUAAAUAAAAAAGCUUUUUUACAACAAUUUUACACACAGACUGUGAAGAUAGCUGUAGAAUUACGUCGCCCUGUAUAUAAACAUGUUUCUCUACGAUCUGUAGAUUACGACUCUAUUCUACAACAGAUGAACACUGUUAAGUGGGAUAUAAAAGAUAUCAUGUCACAACAUAAUUCAUAUGUAGAUACAUUACUUAAGAACUUUAUAAACUUUAAUAAUAAAUUAUUGGAGAUUGAAGGAAGAGUGCCAGUACCUAAAGUUGUAAAAGAUGUUUUAUGGGAACAUUGUAUACGAUUAGCUAACAGAGUCUUUGUAGAAGGAUAUUCUAAUGCUAAGAAAUGUAGUAAUGAAGGCAGAGCUUUAAUGCAGUUGGAUUUUCAACAAUUUCUUAUAAAAGUGGAUCAAAUUAUUGAUAUCAAACCUAUACCAGAGAGAGAAUUUGUGGAGACGUAUAUUAAAGCUUAUUAUUUACCUGAAAGUCAGCUGGAGUCCUGGAUACAAGAUCAUAAGGAAUAUUCAGCAAAGCAGUUGUUAGCCCUGGUGAAUACAGUAGAUCAUCUGAAUCGUAAAGCUCGACAGAAAUUAUCAGGAAUUAUAGAAGAUAUAGAUAAAACUAGAAGAUAGUAUCCCAAUAUAUAAUUAUAGUUCAUUACUUUAUAUAGAUGUAUGUCAUAGAUCUAUUCUGUUGAGCUUUAUAGACAUUAUAGAACUAUUCUAUUGAGCUAUAUGAUAUAGAUCUAUUCCAUUGAGCUAUAUAGACAGUAUAGAUCUUUUCUAUUGAGCUAUAUAUGUACGUUAUAGAUCUAUUCUAUUGAGCUAUAUAGACAGUAUAGAUCUAUUGAGGUAUAUAGACAUUAUAGAACUAUUCUAUUGAGGUAUAUAAACGCUAUAAAUCUAUUUAUUGAGCUGUAUAGCUAUAUGUACAUUAUAGACCUAUUCUAUUCAGGU